GAAAGAGCACUGUGGCUAGGACCACACACAAAACGUUGAAGAAGGAAGCUAUCUGCGCGACGUUCUCCUUCAGGUGGUCAGGGGUGCGCAAUGCAGACCAUCUGUUCAUAACCGUCGCUAUCCAAGUAGCGAGAAACGACCAUCUGGAACCUUAUAUCAACCGAGCGGCGUGGAGGCACCAAGACAUAUCCUUUACGAACCUUGAUAAUCAGUGGGACGUACUGAUCAACGACCCAAUUGAACGCGCAAUGAAAGACGGAAAGCUCAAUGUUCCAGUGCUGAUCUUCGUCGACGGUCUGGAUCACUGUGAAAAUGAGAACCAGACUCGAUUCGUCCUCCGAACUGCGAAGUCAAUCCCCAGUGAUCUACCGAUAAGAUUCCUCGUAUCCAGUAGAGGCACACCGUCAAUCAACGCUGAACUCCAGAAUCCGGCUAGGUGCGUCGUCGCGAAUUUGGACGGCCCCCUGUAUCGUCGUUACGACCGCGUUCCUCUGUCUAGAGCCGAGGAAGACUUGAUUCAAUACUUCAGUAAUGAAGCAAGAAGAGCAAUCACUCAGUUGGGGACCCUUCUGCAUCGCGGUCGUGGGCUCAUGUCCGAGAAGAAACAAGACUCUGACAAGAGAGAGAAUAGGGACAGAAGGCGGAGCUCCGACAACAGGCAUGGAUCCGAAGAAGACCCAUAUUCGGCUGAUGAAGAAGACCCAUCUUCAUGUGUCGUGCUCAUCAGGCGAAGACCGAUCUCCGGCUGAUGAAGGGAAACCAUCUUCGGAGAACAGACAUCCGCGACUAGUCACAUCGUCAGCGAGCAACCAACCGUUCAAUAUCUAUUUAGAGAAGCAUGGGAUCUCAUCUGAUCGUCUUGAACGUCU